AUGCUUGCACCAACUGGCAAAGCAGCAUUUAACGUUAAAGGUAACACAAUUCAUAAUGCACUUGCAAUACCAGCAUGUCAAUCCUUGAAGAACUAUAAACCACUUGAUUCAAGCAGGCUAAACACUUUAAGAUGUCAACUUGGUGGUUUAAAACUUAUAUUUUUAGAUGAGAUCUCCAUGGUUGGUAGUACAAUGUUUAAUGUUCAAAUAAAUAACAGACUGAAAGAUGUCAAAGGGUGUAGAGAUGACUUUGGUGGUGUAAGCAUAGUUGCAAUUGGUGAUCUAUUUCAAUUAGAACCUGUAAUGGACAGGUAUAUAUUUAAAGAUCUAGACAGUUCAGAAUAUUCUAUUCUUGCUCCUAAUAAGUGGCAUGAGUAUUUUAAUAUGUUUGAACUUCAAGAAAUAAUGAGACAAAUUGAAAUAUUAAACAGGCUGAGGGAAGGCAAACAUACCAAGAAUGAUAUUUUGAAACUAAAAGAAAGAUUAAUAAAAGCAAAUAGCACACAGGAGCCUAUGGAUGUCCCUCAUUUGUUCAUACAAAACCAAAAGGUAAAUGAAUUCAAUGACAAAGUACAUAAAGAAGCAAGUGGCGAAAAGUUUUCCAUUAAAGCGGUGGACAGUGUCAUUGGAGCUAAUUCCGUUCAACUUCGAGACAAAAUUUUGAGUCAAAUACCAGAUGAUCCAAGGAAAACAAAGCAAAUUGCUUCAAACCUUCAACUUUCAGUUGGGGAGCGAACUGAGAUUGCACUAAAUGUCCGCACUGACGAUGGCUUGACUAAUGGUGCCAGUAAUGUUGUUAAGAAGAUACAACUAAAUCAAAGAGAUAAACCAUCUGGAGUAAUAUGGGUAGAGUUCGGUCAUUCAGAUGUUGGUGAGAAAACCAGAAAUGAAAAUAGAAAUCUUUUUGUUCAAGGUAUUGAGUCAACAUGGACUCCAAUUAAACCAAUUACUACUCAGUUCAAUGUGGGCAGGAGCCAAACUGCACAAGUUGUAAGAAAGCAAUUUCCACUGAGACCUGCUGCUGCUAAGACAAUUCAUCGUUCACAAGGUGACACUGAACAAAGAAUUGUUGUCAAUUGGAAUACAAGAAGAACCAUACCCCAUAUACAAAAUGUCGGUUUAAGCAGCACUCUUUGA